GUCCACCACAAUAUCGUCGAAUUUUUUUUCGAGCUUCACUUCCGCUGUCCGACAACCACCGCCGCCGACUCUUUCCUCGUGGAUAAUCUCGCCAACAACACAUCAAAAUGGGUCGUCUUCACUCCAAGGGAAAGGGCAUUUCGUCCUCCGCGCUCCCCUACUCGCGCUCUGCUCCUAGCUGGUUGAAGACCACUCCUGACCAGGUUGUCGACACCAUCUGCAAGCUCGCCAAGAAGGGUGCCACCCCCUCUCAGAUCGGUGUUGUCCUCCGUGACUCCCACGGAGUUGCCCAGGUCAAGACCGUCACCGGCAACAAGAUCCUCCGUAUCCUCAAGUCCAGCGGCCUUGCCCCCGAGCUUCCUGAGGAUCUGUACUUCCUGAUCAAGAAGGCCGUCGCCGUCCGCAAGCACCUCGAGCGCAACCGCAAGGACACCGACUCCAAGUUCCGCCUGAUUCUCAUCGAGUCCCGUAUCCACCGUCUGUCCCGCUACUACAAGACCGUCGGUGUCCUGCCCCCCACCUGGCGCUACGAGUCCGCCACCGCCAGCACCCUGGUCGCUUAAGCGUCUCGUCUCGGGUUCCUUCUGGUUGUUGUUGGCAGAUCUGCGAUGUUUUCUGUCGGCUAGGUUUGCCACCCACUCCAUGCAUGACUCCGGUCCAAAAGGGCUUGGAUUGUCCUGUUUGGUUUCUUUCGUUAGAUGUGUCAUCUAAUGGAGGGGAUUGUGGGUCUGGUCAUGGAUUUCAGGUAGAUCUAAAAAUGAAUCAUGGCAUAAUCAUAAUAUUCCUUGCUGGGUUAGCUGUAAAUGUUGUAGUUGUGUAUCUAUCGUAUCCUUUGAUUACACUUAGUACUUCUGAUCAGGUGCAUGAUGCAUC